UUUUACAAGGAGGCUUUUAAUUUUUGAGUGUGACACCGGAACAAAAUCAAAAGUUCGAGUUCAUCUCCCGCUCUCCGGGGCAACGCCGUCACGUUACCAUAGCAAUGGACAGAAGUAAAUGGGAGAAGAUACUCACCUGUUUUCAGGCAUCUGCACGUGGAUACUUGGUGAGAAACGAAGUCAGUCGUGCACGAGAAGACUUUGAAGACAUCGUGAAAGAGAUUGAUGGAGGCUCGACCCAUCUAGAGUGGAGGGAGACGGUUAUCCCCAUUCCCCACUUUACAGACACUGACGGCCCGUUUCUACGACCCAGCAGCUCUGCCAGCAAGCCUUCAAAUCCAGGACUAGAUGUCUGUGCCAGUCCCCAGAAUUUAUCAACAUCACCCUUAUCAGAGGAGAGAGGAGAUCAUCGUGUCCUGCUAGAAGCCGAGAGAGAUGAUUCACAAACCAACAGACGGGCCUCUCUGUCUAAGGACUAUUUCCCCAGCAGCAAUGUUAGAGAGGAUGGAGAGGGACAGAAAGAAAGCACUAUGGGGGAUAAAGAUGGAGCGGUGAUGGAGAGCACAGGAGACUCCACCACCGUCUGGAGCAGUUUGGAGCUGGACAUGAACUAUAGUCACUCUCACAAAGGUGCCCGGCAGUACUGCUUGGCCCAGGAGGUGCCCUGUACCCCAGAGGCCCUGCGUCUCCAUAGAAACACCAUGACCAUGGAGCUGCUCUGGCUCCAACAGGCCAUUGAUAGCAGGAAAAAGUACUUGUCACUGAAGGAUAGGCUGAGCAUAUCCUGACAGCAGAAGUAAUCUAACUGGACUUGAUAAUGUGGGACUGAAGGCCUGACUGCGGUCAGUCAACUGAACCAAGUGGCAUCUGUUUAAGCUAUUAUUCUAUACAUACACAGUAAAUACAUUUUUUUCCAGUGGUAAUUAUCAUGUGUUUGAAAUGUUUGAAACCUGUACGCUGUGUAUGUUAUUUGCUAAUGUAAAAAAUUAAUAAAUUAUACUUUUCUAAAAAGU